UCAUUAGCUAAGCAAAAGCAAAAUCCAAGUUUGUAGAGCUUCUUCGGUCCCUCUUAGUCCUACCGUCUUUGUAUGUACUCUCUUAUCUUUUCUAUUUCUUUUUUGUGCUUAAAACGAUCAAUUUUUGCUGAUCUUUUCUUCUUCUUUUUUCUUUAUGGGUAACGAUACUGAGUGCAGUUCACUAGAAGUUUCCGGGAAGUUUGGCCGUAGGAUGGCGUAUAUGUGUGCUGAUAAUGGAAAUCUAAUGGCAAUCGCUCAGCAAGUUAUAAAACAAAAGCAAGAGCAAGAGCAACAACAGCAGCAACAGGAAAACCAUCAGCACCAGCAGCAACUUCUUGGUCUAAAUCCUUUAUCCUUGAAUCCUUGGCCCAAUACCCACCAUGGCGUUACCUACUCCCCUAAUAUCGGGUACGGGCUUUCGGGACCGGGUUUUGCCGACCCGUUUCAGGGGGAUUCCGGGGAAGGGUUUCACUUCCCUAACAUGGAGAAUCAUCAUUCGAGUGGGUUUCGGUUCCCGGAUUUUGGUGGCGGUGCGGGUGGGUUUGACUCCGAUGAGUGGAUGGAUAGCUUAAUAAACUGUGGGCAUUCAACGGAUAGUUCGAAUCUACCGUCUGGAUGUGACGCGUGGCAGAACAAUGCUGAUUUCGGUCUCCACGGUGCUUAUCCGUUUAGUGCUUGCCCGAGUCGACUCAGCUUGGCGUGUUCUCCUCCGUCUAAUGUGAACCGAGUGAUUUUCUCAACAGAGGCGCAGGAAAACCCUAGUACUUCUCUUCAAGCUCAGCCGCAGACUAAGCUACCUGCGUGGCCGCCAUCCCCAUCUCCUCCGCCGCUACUAACUGUUAAAGAAACAAAAACAAGCAGUCCCCAGAACCCGAACCCAACCAACAACGAUGGUGCAGGCAUCUCUUCUAGUUCCCCCGAGACCGAGUUAGCUCCCCCGCUUUUAAAAGCUUUACUCGACUGUGCCAGGCUCGCUGAGUCGGAACCUGAACGAGCUGUUGAAACACUGGUUAGACUCAGGGAAUCGGUGUCAGAUUGUGGAGAUCCAACUGAAAGAGUGGCUUUUCACUUCGCCGAAGCUCUAUAUAGCAGAGUCUUCCUUCAAGCCGAUAAAAUAUCGACGAUGCUCGAAACUUCAUCGGAGGACUUCACUCUCUCUUAUAAAUCAUUAAACGACGCGUGCCCUUACUCAAAGUUCGCCCAUUUAACGGCAAACCAAGCGAUACUCGAAGCAACGGAGCGAUCGAGCAAGAUUCACAUAGUUGACUUCGGGAUUGUUCAAGGAGUUCAAUGGGCUGCUCUGUUACAAGCUUUAGCGACCCGAUCAGCUGGAAAACCUACCCGAAUCCGUAUCUCAGGUAUACCUGCACCAGCUUUAGGAUCAACACCUGCUCCUUCUCUUUAUGCCACUGGUAGUCGUCUACGUGACUUUGCGAAGCUUCUGGAUUUGAAUUUUGAGUUCGAACCAAUUCUAACUCCGAUUAUGGAACUUAACGGGUCGAGUUUCCGGGUUGAAGAGGAUGAGAUAUUGGCUGUGAAUUUCAUGCUUCAACUGUACAAUUUGUUAGAUGAGACUCCAGUCUCUGUGGAAACUGCUCUAGCUUUGGCUAAAUCUUUAAACCCAAAAAUCGUGACAUUGGGUGAGCACGAAGUAAAAUUGAACGGAGUCGGGUUCUUGAACCGAUUCAAGAACGCACUGAAGUAUUUCUCGGCCAUGUUCGAAUCGUUGGAACCUAACUUGCCUCGUGAUUCACGGGAGAGAAACCAAGUGGAGAGACUCUUAUUUGGUCGGAAAAUCGCGGGGGUUAUCGGACCAGAGGAAGCUGUAAACCGAAGGGAACGGAUGGAAGAUAAAGAGCAAUGGAAGGUUUUAAUGGAAAGUGCUGGUUUCGAGACUGUAGCCCUUAGCCAUUACGCGAUAAGUCAGGCCAAAAUUCUACUGUGGAAUUAUAAUUACAGCUCCUCGUAUUCAUUGAUCGAAUCCCAACCUGGAUUUCUCUCUUUAGCUUGGAAGGAUGUGCCUCUGCUCACUGUUUCUUCGUGGAGUUGAUGAUAUUUCGUGAGAGGAUUUAACGUCACUGUUGUCAAUAUUUUCCACCUGGUAGUUUUUCUCUGGUGUGGAAUGAGAAACAGAUUUUAAUGCGGGAAAGACUCGGUGAAACACAGUGGUGAAAAUUAAAGUGCAAUUGUUAUUCCCAUGGUUAUAUAAAUAUCUUCAAUUUGAAUUUGAUCUUAGGUUUUUCUUUGGUA